AAAUACAUCAGAUCCCUUCUACAUGUGUCCAGAUUUAGGCUAGUUAAACUUUUUUUUUUUUUGGGGAUUCUUUUAUGCAGCAUGAAGACAUGGUAUCCAAAGCAAAGAACCGACUGGGCUGGGCUGUUGUUUGGUACUCUUUGGUAUGGACAAUUUGGAAUACCAGGAAUGAGGUGAGAGAUAAGGGAAUGGUAACAUAGCCACCUGAGGGAUUCUUUGUUAUAAAUAAAGACAUUGAUGAAAUUUGGGAAGGAGUUCAAGAAGCAAAUGGUUGUAGAAUGGACUGAGGCUUACAUGGAUUAUAACGGUUUGAAAAGCAUUUUACGGGGAAGUUCGUUGUAUCAGCAGAGUAAGCAACCAUGGACGCCCUCACGAUACUUACAGAAGAAGUUAUCAAUGCUCCGGGCAUUUAGUGGGCUAAACAAGCAACCUAGCCAUUCCACAAGCGCAGACAUAGAGGGUCAAGUGAUAGAUUUUAACGCAUUGCAGCAAUAUGAUUCUAGAAGGUUUUACAAGACUGACUUCCUUCAACAGUCUGAAGAAGGAGAACAUGUUGAGGCUGAAUUCUCUAAAAAACUUGAUGAAGAACACAACAAGGUUAGUAACUUUUAUAAGGACAGGGUGGAGGAGGUGAUGGAUGAAGCUAAUUCACUGAACAACCAAAUGGAUGCUUUGAUUGCUUUGCGGGUCAAGGUGGAAAACUCUCGUGUUGAUGGUUAUAGUUUGAGGAAACCUUCAUCUUCUGACAUUCCAUUAAGGAAAAUCAAUCAAGCAUUUUCCAAGAUCAUGACUAAGUAUGAAAUGGUAGGCACCAAAUGCUGUCUGAUUACAUCAAAGAGAGCUUCCAAAUCAUACAUGAAAAUAGUGGACAACUCCUACAUUGGAAGCUCUGAAGAGGUUAAUAAUCUUUUGGAGAGGGUUGAGGCUACCUUCAUCAAGCAUUUUGCAAAUUCAAAUUAUCAAAAAGGAAUAAAAUCAUUGAGGCCAAAAGCUAAAAAAGAAAAGCAUCGUGUGACAUUUUUUUCAGAGUGCAGACUUAUACUUCUGGAGGCGUUACAGAGUCAGCUAUACCUUUAUCUUGGGUUUGAAGCUGGGAACUGAGCUGGGAUAUAGAGAAGUCUUCCUACUUAGCACUAGUCUAGCAGUACUUACAUUGGCCAUUUUCCUAGCAAAUCUACACUUGGAUUUUGGCUCAAAAUCUCAGAAUUACAAGACAUUGACUGAACUUUUCCCUUUGGCUUUGGUUGCUGUAAAAGCCUUGAAGACGUUGUGCUCUGCAGACAUUAAUAUAUUUUCUGAUAUGGUCUACAUUUCUGUUGUUAUUUUCCCUUUAAUAUGCAUAUUUAACCAAGUUUUCUUGUUUUCUUGUAGAUUGUUCUGGUAGUAAUCUUCUGUCCUUUAAACAUCCUGUAUCGCUCAAGUCGCCUCUUCUUUAUUAAAUCCUUGUUUCACUG